AUGGAUGAUGACGACGAUGAAGUCCCAGAUCUCAUUGAAACGGAGAAGAACGAAAUCAGUCAACCUGACAAAGACGGGACCAGUACCCCGAAGAAGGUCCCCAUCACGAUCGUGACGGGCUAUCUCGGGGCCGGCAAGACAACAUUACUAAAUUACAUUCUGACGGCCGAGCACGGGAAGAAGAUCGCCGUGAUCCUCAACGAGUUCGGCAACACAGCGGACAUUGAGAAAUCCCUGACGGUCAACCAAGGAGACCAGUCCUCCACGGAAUGGAUCCCCCUCGCGAACGGGUGCAUCUGCUGCAGCGUCAAGGAUUCUGGCGUGGCAGCGCUAGAGUCGCUGGUCGAACGGCAGAAGAAUUUCGACUACAUCCUGCUCGAGACCACGGGGGUGGCGGACCCGGGUAACAUUGCACCCAUGUUCUGGCUGGACGAAGGCCUGGGGAGCAGUAUCUACCUUGACGCGAUCGUGACGGUCGUGGAUGCCAAGAACAUCCUGAGAAGUCUGGACGAGCCUGCUCCCGAGGAGAUCCCGGACGAUGAAACGGCCGACCAUGAGCACAACACGCCCCUCCUCACGACGGCCCACCUCCAAAUCUCCCACGCCGACACCAUCAUCCUCAACAAGACGGACCUCGUCUCCGACGUGGAACUCUCCGCCGUCGAGGCACGAAUAUCUUCCAUCAACGGUGUGGCCCUAAUGAUCCCCACGAGCCGUUCCCACGUCGACAACCUAAGUGGUACGAUCCUAGAUCUCGAGGCUUAUUCGACCUUCCCCACGACCACGUCCUCAAGCGGCGGAACUGCAAUGCCCGACUUCGCAUCCAAGGGCCACUCGCACCUCGACCCGACGCUUUCCACGUUUACCGUUCCCUUGCCGCCAUUCGAGCCGCAGAAAUUGCCUCUCCUCGUCGGCUGGCUGGAGACCAUCCUUUGGGACGCGGACGAGCGCCAGAAAGGCAAGGGUACAAAGUAUGAAGUGCACAGGACCAAAGGGCUAAUCAGAUGUACCGAUGGGACUAGUCGGGUUGUGCAGGGUGUGCGCGAGAUCUUUGAUCUGAUCGAAGUGCCGCCAACGUCGCCAACUGGGAAUGCGAAUGCGAAGGGGCCACAAACAGAAGAUGGCAAAGUUGUAUUUAUCGGGAGGAAUGUCCAUCUGAUCGAAGAGAUAGAGAUAGAGAGAGAGAAUCGAGGUCUUGGAUGA